GAUUUGUCUUUCAAAUAAACAAGCUGCUCUUCUCAGGAUGUUCCCAUCCUAUUUUGUGAAAAUGAACAGAUGUGCAAGAUGAAGCUGCAGUGUCAAACUUUGGCCAGGAUCUGAUCCAGAUUGUGCAUUUGGAAAAUCCAGUCUCGCACGUUCAGACCCAGCUGCAACAUAAAACCAGCCUGGCGUGGGAAAAUUCCGUUUUUUCAAGAACAUGGAGGAAAAAAGCAAGAAUAUGACAAGAGAUGUUAUCUUCUGUAACAGCGAGUGGGAAGACAUGUGCCAUCUAUUUGGAUGAAACACAGCCUGAAGAGAGUUUGCAGCUGAAAGAAGACAAACAAGGCUGACUUUCUGAGGAGAGUUCAAGUGCUUGAGUGUGUUCUCGAUGGAGAGGGAAGCGACCCGGAGAGAAACAGCGCCAUCCAACGACUUAAAGGCUGUCAGUACACCGGCGUGGACACCCUGGGGAAGGAACUCUUCAUGUAUUUCGGUCCUAACACGUUAAGAGUCCACUUCGGCAUGAAUGGCUCGAUGCGAAUCAACGCUGCAGAGAGGAAACCCAGCAGCGGGUCACACCCAGUGCUGGAAAUACACAUGACUAAGGACACCGUUUCAUUCUUUGACAGCACAGUGGAAGUGAGGUUGACAGACGACUGCAAGCAGAGGCUUAGAGCUCUUCAGGCUCUGGACGUGUGCUCCCCAAAGUUCAGCUUCUCGUGUUCGGUGGAGGCAGUGAGGCGCCACGGAGGCAGGAUGCUCUGCGACGUCCUCCUCGACCAGGCCGUCAUGCCGGGAGUCGGCAACAUCAUUAAAAACGAAGCCCUGUUCGACGUGGGCCUACACCCGGCCGUGAAGGUUGAGCAGCUGUCAGAGGAGCAGGUCCAGCACUUGGUCAAGAUGACGCGUGAUUUUACUGUUCUCUUUUACAAAUGUCGCAAGUCUGGCUCUCCCCUGCACAAACACUACAAAGUCUACAAGCGCGGCCAGUGCCGCCAGUGCGCCCGUGUCAUUACAGUUUGUCGUCUUGGCGAGAACGGCAGGAUGACGUACUUCUGCCAGCACUGUCAGAAGCAGGAUGCCGGAAGUGUCGAUGUCAGCAGUAAACGUCCUGCCAGGAACACUCUGAUUGGCUGGGCCAGCAGCGGAGGAGCCAAUGAGAACGUGGCAAGGAAGGAGGAGGAAGACUGGGCUUGUCACCUGUGCACCCUCAUCAACCGGCCCACCGCCAACGCCUGCGACGCUUGCCUCACUCCGAGAGCUCAGGUUCAAAAAGAGGACGCCGUCACUGACGCGUCGCCCGCCUCCACCGCCAGCCUGGUGAGGUACCCCUGCACUGCCUUCUGGAAGCCUCAAGAGGAGCGCAAACUCAACUGGCGCUCCGCGUUCGGGACUUCCACUCUGCUUUUCUCAGACUUGAGCGAGAAGCCAAGGCGCGCAAACUCCCCGCUGUCCCCGCUCGGCAGUCAUUUGAAUUCCAUGCCGCCCGAGCGAGAAGGCCCGUUUAAAUCUGGCGCCUGCCAGGGGACGUCGGGCCCCAAUUACGCCUCUGGUGGCUGGCAGAGGCAGCGUGCCCAGCUGCCCGGUGGGGAAACAUUGGCCUCGUACAGUCAGCCGUCCAAGAAAAUGAGAAUUGAUCACAGUUCUUCUCCCGGUAACAAAUCAGGUGCACACACAACAGCAGGGACACAGCAUGCCUCUCCACCUUGUUGUUCAUCCCACGGCCACCCGACUCUUCUCAGAGUGGUCCACAAGAACGGGGACAGUAAGGGACGGCAGUUUUACGUCUGCUCGCUGCCCAGAGAGGCAAAAUGUAACUUUUUUGAGUGGGCCGACUUGCACUUUCCUUCCUGUCACCACGGCAAACGAUGCUUGAUGAGGACCGUCCUCAAGCUGGGACCCAACAAUGGCCGCAACUUUUACACCUGCAGCUUGCAAAAGGGUAAACAAUGUGAUUAUUUCCAGUGGGCAGAGAACGGACCCGGUGUAGCUAUCUUGCCAGGCUGCUAAAUACAAUUUAGAAAUAAUGUAAAGUUUAAAAACAAAAAAAACAGAUGCCUGGUUAUGAAAUAUUAUGCAGUCUCAUAAUACAUUUUCUGAAUGAAUAUAAACAUUACCCAAUGAGCUGCACGGUGGUGUGAAUCAUAUAGAAUGAUAUAUAUGUGCCCUGCGCGAUUGCCUGGUGAGUCCUGGGUGUACCCCGCCUCUCGCCCGAAGUCAGCUGGGAUAGGCUCCAGCAUACCCCCGCGACCCUGAUUAGGACAAGCGGCAUAGAAGAUGGAUGGAUGGAUUACCCAAUAAAUGGACUGUCAUCAUGAGAAUGUUUUUACAUUUUUAUUAAAGGCUGUAAAUUGCU